UAUUCACGGUCUAGCCAUGGAAAGUUUCAGCUGAGAAUAAACAACCCCCAGCGACUGAAGGCAGGGAACGAAUAAGACAGUCCAUAUUUAAAGAACUGUUGGAUUCUGAGCUUGCAAGCUGAAUAAUUUUGAGGAAACACCACGGAGAAUUAAUGUUGACAUCUCUAUGAGUCUCGCUAUGGAAGAGAGGACCACAGAAGACCUGCUCUUCCGAGACCAGGACUUCUCCUCUGAACUGCUAAGGCAGCUUAAUGUUUUAUGGCAAAACGGAAUCCUAACAGACGUCAUUCUGUGCACGAGUGACAUCGAAAUCCCUUGCCACAGGAAUGUGCUUGCUUCAAGCAGCCCUUACUUCAAGGCAAUGUUUUGCAACAACUUCAUAGAGAGCUGUCAGGAAAAAGUCAACCUCCAAGGUAUCGACUCGGGCAUUCUUCAUUGUAUCAUUACUUACGUCUACACGGGAGAGAUUCUCAUAACAGUGGAGAAUGUUUUGCAUCUGAUGGAGACGGCUUCCAUGCUCCAGUAUGUGAGACUGUUUGAGGCCUCUUCGGCCUACCUCCAGAACCACCUCACACCAGAUAACUGUCUCAGCAUGAUCAGGGUCUCAGAAAUCUUACACUGUGAAAGUCUCAACAAGAAAGCAAAAGCGAUGGCCCUGAAGCAUUUCCCUGAAGUAGCCACUUCCGAAGACCUGAAAGAACUUUGCGCCUUGGAAUUGUUGAACUAUCUUGGAGAUGACGAGCUCUGUGGAGAGGAAGAGCAAGUCUUUGAGGCCCUCAUGUCCUGGGUUCGGCAUGACGUCCAAGCACGGCAAGGCUACAUCCAAGACUUGUUCAAGAAGGUAAGGAUUCAGUACGUCCACCCUACCUUCUUCUUCCACUUCAUUGCCAACGACUCUCUCAUUCAGUCAUCACCCACUUGUCAAAGUAUCCUGGAACUGGCGAGUAAGCAGAUGUUUUCUUUGUACAGCACCAGCGCUCCUGAUGUCAAGCCCAUGUGGCACGUUCCACGGCGAUAUUCAUACCGAGAGUUCCUCGUCCUGGUCGGUGGUCGGAAGGACAACCAGCAGACCAUGAGGGAUGUAUUGCUGUAUGAUGAGAAGACGAGCCAAUGGUUGACCCUUGCCAAAUACCCAGCACGUCUCUAUAAGGCCUCUGCGGUGAGCUUGCACAGUAACGUGUAUCUCCUUGGGGGCAUCCCCAUUGGCAAUGGGAAGGGGCAAGUUAGCAACAAUGUUUACAUCUUCUCGCUCAAACUUAAUCAGUGGCGGCUGGUAGAGCCCAUGCUGGUUCCACGCUAUUCCCACAGGAGUGUUGCCUAUAAAAACUACAUUUUUGCCAUUGGAGGUAUGGGGGAGAACCAGGAAAUCCUAAAUUCUAUGGAAAGGUAUGACAGCAUCUACAACGUUUGGGAACAUAUGGCAAAUAUGCCCGUGGCUGUCCUUCAUCCGGCUGUGUCUGCUAAAGACCAAAGAAUCUACCUUUUUGGAGGAGAGGAUAUUAUGCAAAAUCCUGUCCGGCUAGUACAGGUAUACCAUGUGUCUAGGAACAUGUGGUUCCGAAUGGAGACCCGAAUGGUGAAGAAUGUCUGUGCACCCGCAGCUGUGAUUGGAGACCGGAUUUUCAUUGCUGGAGGGUAUACCCGGCGAGUCAUUGCUUACGAUACUAAGGCCAAUAAAUUUGUGAAGUGUGCAGACAUGAAGGACAGGAGGAUGCAUCAUGGUGCGGCAGUGAUCAAUGAGAAGCUGUAUUUGACAGGAGGCCGCUUCCUCACCAGCGACAAUGCUAUUGAAGACUCUGAUUCACUCGAGUGCUAUGACCCCAAGAUGGACACCUGGACUUCAAAGGGGAAACUGCCACACAAGCUGUUUGACCAUGGGUGCCUUGCUCUCCAGUGUGUCCCCUACUCCAGCCUCUUGGGGGAGGAGGACUGAAGGUAAUGGGUGUUGUUUUCUUAAAGUGAAAGGUCCCUAUUGUUAUCCCCUUAGUGAAUUCUCACACACAGUUGCCAAGGAAAUCACCAAAAGGGACUUGAUUACUGAGGCGGUAAACUAGGGUGACAGUUUCCUGUCCACUCCCUUGUUCUGCCAUGAAGUCAAGUUAGCUGUCUAUCCAAGCUGUAGAUUUGGGGUGAAUAAAAGGACAGUAAAUGGUUGAUCGUGUAAUUAUUUACCGGGUGGGGAACUGUUUGGAUUUUUCAACCUCCAGCACCAAAAGAUUUUUCUCCAUCAAUUCUGAGUUUACACUUUUCCUCACAGCCUCAAAAAGGCUUUCUGGGAAACCUGAGGAACAUCAAGAGAGGCCAAGUAUAGGUUAAAUCGAUGUGCCUUCUUAGUAAUGCCAUCCAGUCAAUGAUAGUAGUUAGUUCUUUUGUUGGUCUUCAUGAGUAUGACCUUAAAUCUAAGUGUUCAUGCCUCCUUAAGAACAGACAAUGAAUGGAAUUAUUCACUUACUAGGAAAAAGGCCCAUUGUGGAAAUAAAUACAACGGCCUCUAGAAAGAGUCUCUGGGCGGG